UUCGAAGCUAAUAAGAAUAGCUAGCCAGUAAGCUAAAAACAAGGUUCUUGUUGUUAGGCUUCAAACGGGUAAAAUGUCUAAAACACACUCACAGCCCCCGUCAUCUUCGGCAGCGACGACUACCGGGGGACCCUCCUCGUCCUCUUCGUCUUCGCCCGCAGGGGGCUCGACAUCUCCCGCAACCGUGUUGAACGUGCAGCCCGAGAAACCUCAACAUUACACAUAUCUGAAGGAAUUCAGAACUGAGCAGUGCCCCCUGUUUGUACAGCACAAAUGCACCCAACACAGGCCUUUUUCCUGUUUCCACUGGCACUUCCUGAACCAGCGGCGGCGCAGGCCCAUCCGCAGACGGGACGGGACCUUCAACUACAGCCCAGAUGUUUACUGUACCAAAUAUGAUGAGGGAACAGGCACCUGUCCUGAUGGAGAUGAAUGCCCAUUUCUACAUCGGACAGCAGGUGACACAGAGCGCAGAUAUCAUCUCCGCUACUACAAGACGGGAUCAUGUAUCCACGAAACAGAUGCAAAAGGCCACUGCAGCAAAAACGGCUCCCACUGUGCCUUUGCACACGGAUCACAUGACCUGCGCAGCCCUGUUUAUGACAUCAGGGAAGUGCAGGUAAUGGAGUCUCAGGGAGGCUCGGGGGCCACAGAGGGAGGUGGAGGAGAUGGACAGUCAGGACAGGCAGCAAGUACAGCCCUCAUAGAGAAGAUCCUGAGUGAGGAACCACGCUGGCAAGAAAACAACUACGUGCUGUCCCACUACAAGACAGAACUCUGUAAGAAGCCACCUCGUCUGUGCCGUCAAGGUUACGCCUGUCCAUACUACCAUAACAGCAAAGACAGGAGGCGCAGCCCACACAAGCACAAAUACAGAGCGUUGCCAUGUCCAGCUGUGAAGCAGAGUGAAGAAUGGGGGGAUCCCAGUAAAUGUGAGGGAGCAGAGGGGUGUCAGUAUUGCCACACAAGAACGGAACAACAGUUCCACCCAGAGAUCUAUAAAUCCACUAAGUGUAAUGACAUGCAGCAGUGUGGCAGCUGUCCCAGAGGGCCCUUCUGUGCCUUUGCUCAUGUUGAAAAGCCCUUUGUUCCAGAGGAGCCUUCAUUCCCCACACCAAGCUCCCCUCCACCCCCCAGACCUCCAGACCCUCUUCCUGCCCAGGAAGCUUCAAGUCCCAGCAAACACAACAUGGGGCCUGGGCCUGGUGCUGGUUCUGUUUCAGACCCCUUCUCCCCAUGUGCAGGAUCAUGUGUUGCAGAGCAGGGACUGCUGGGAAGUGUUCUGUCCCUGUGUGAGGAUGGGAGUGGAGGAGCCGAGCCCCUGUCUCCUUGGGCAGGAGAGGGAGGGUACUGCAGAGCGCCCGGGUUUGAGAGAGAGGAUCAGGCUAAGCAAAGGAGUUUUGCUCUUGAGCAGCGCAACAGAGAACUGUCAUCAACACAAAGCAAACAGGACUUGUUAGUGUUUCUGCCUGUAGGCAGCCCCUUGAGUCUGUCCUCCAGCAUCCCCUCCAGUCUGGCCGCCACCCCGCCCAGCCCCGCUCCUCUCGGACCACCGGGAUCCAGCAUCUCCUCAGGCAUGAACGCUAACGCCCUGCCCUUUUACCCCACCAGUGAGACUGUAGAGUCAGUUGUUGAGUCAGCCCUGGAUGAUCUCGACUUGAAUGAUUUUGGUGUGUCGGCGUUGGAGAGGAGCUUGGAGAGCAGCUCUGCUCUGCCCAGCGUGGGAGUUAUGCUGGGAGGUAGCCAGUUUCAGAGUUCUGCCCCAGUCAAUAUCCCAGGAUCCUUUAGCAGCUCUGCUCCUUUUAGCUCCCCUUCACCAUCUCCCCCAAUCAGGCCACACGCUUCACCGUUCUUUUCUACUCACCUGUCACAACCUGGCCAAUCAGAAAGCACCUUCUUGGGACCAUCUCAUAGCUCUUUAGGUCUGAAUGGUAUGAGCAGUAACAUCUGGGAGCAUUUCCCAUCAGGCCAGGGAUCCCCUGGCACACCCCCCACCCUUCUGCCCUCUGGCCCCUGUGCAGAGACUUCCAGGCUCAAACAGGAGCUGGAGGAAGCCCAUAGGGCACUGAAGCAGUGGGGUCACAGCUGGAGACACACAGCUCAGUCAUGGGCUGCGCUAAAAGCAGAUGCAGAGGAGUCCCGUGCCCAUGCAGCACGUUUAGCAGUGGAGGCAGAGAGGGCCAGGCAGGCUGAGGAGGAGGCACAGAGGCAGGCUUCUCUCCUGCAGGAGGCGCUGGAGAGCUUAAGGAGUGGAGACAAUCCCCAUCUAGCACUGCACCAACUCCAGCUACUACACCGACUGCCCCUGGAGUCAGUCCUCAGUUUGCAGGCUCAACUCUGUAGCUGCUUACAUGCUGUGGAACAGGUGGUGUACAGGAAACAGAGACAGUGCUGUGUGACGUGUGGAGAGCAGGGCUCAGUGUCCCUGCCCUGCGGCCAUGGACUACAGUGUGAGAGCUGCUCCACCUCGACAGAGUGCCCGCUCUGCCCUGAACAGACCCUGGAGCAGCAGCUCUCUUGACCUCACAACAUACUUGGACCACCACAGACCACCACAGAUUCCAGACCAGUCAGUCCUGAUUCCACUGAUACCAGCCUUUGAUUUCAGCCGCCAUUCAAACUUAUGUCGAGGUCAUUUUUAUAAUGUGGUAACCACACGAGCACUGAUCUGGUUUUGUAUUUUUUAGAUAAUGUUUACUGAGGAAAGACCAGUUUAUUUAGCACAGGUCAUGAAGCGAAAGCCCUAAAUAUUUAAUUUGGGAUGAAUCAUUUUUCAAGUGUUACCCAUGGAACACCAGUACAUUUUACUAGUUAUUGCUCUUGACCAGCAACACUGUUCUUUACCACUGUUCUUGAUUUGUGAAAAUAACUUCAAGACCUGCUGUUAUUUCUUCUCUAACGCUACUAUAAAACAUUAACAUACAUAGUACUUAAUCACAUUUGAUACAUUUUAAAGCAUAAGCUCACCCUCAUGACAUACUUCCAGAGUGUUAUCUAUCCAUCUGGAUAAUGGGAUUUCAGUGAUGGGCCACGGUCCUCAUAAACCACAAUCCUUAUAAUCAACAGUAUGAGGAAACAUUUUAAUGAGAAGUAUUUUCUACUGAAGUAAACCUACUAAUUGUAUAUGCCAUAUAGAAUGAAGUAUAACUGUGUUCAUGGAUGAGAUGCAUAUGCUUUUAACAUCACAGAAGUGAAUGUAAAACUACAGUUGUCUUCUUGGCUGUGAUGCUUGUCGGCCUCGUAGUGUCACUCUGCUGUGUGUCUACAUCCAGUUCAGGGCAGCAUGAGUAACUGCAUUACAGUUUCCGGAAAGAGUCAAAUAUAUUUGUGUUCUCUGACUGCAAAGAUCUCAAAACUUUCUAGAUGGAUGGAUGGCAGGGCAGCUUAGUUGUUUUUUGCUUUUCUAUUUGAAGGCGAUGAGCUGUCUUAACUCAAUCAACAGGUCUGACUGAAAACACUUACAAAGGUCAUAGUAUUUAGUUUCAUCCAGCAUUGAUCCUAUACUGCUAUAGCCAAAAGGGGGGGCCGUCAUACCAGUCUGCUGGUAGCGCUGGGCUAGCUAUUGUUUUAAUUUUCAUUGUUUCCAUAGUUUUUUUUUUAGCUAAAGAAAUUUAAAAUUGUCAAUUACUGUUGAAUAAUAACAAAAUAUUUAAAAAUGUAGUAAUAUUUGUUUAAAAUGACAACAGAUGGCCUCUGUUAAAGCACUCAGGUUUUCUCUAAUGUUCUUCUACAUAAACUGGAAGAGGAAAGCAUGUAAACGCAAUCAAGGCAAAUGUACUCAGUCAACUUGUGUAGUCUUUAAUUUUUAUUUUAACGCUUUUCAUGUAAACUCAAACAUACACAUUUUUGUUAAAACCGGCUCAUUUGUGUAAAAUCAACGUGUGACAGGUUUCUCUGCCAAAAUUUUUACAUUUGUAGUAACCUUUGACAUUUCAGUUUGUCAAAUGUAGUCUAAUGUGUGUGUGUGUGUGUGUGUGUGUGUCUAUAUAUAUUUAUAUGUAUAUAUAUAUAGAUAUCUGUCUAUCAUCUAUCUAUAUAUAUAUGUAUGUACGUAUAUGUAUGUAUACACACAAAGUUAAGCAAUGUCAUACUUAUCUCUUGCACUGAUUAGAAAAACAUCAGGAAGCAGACAGAUAUGUAAAGGCUUUGAGGUUUAAAUGCGGGUGUGAAAGUGUCCAUGAUCACUGUGAUGGUCUCCAUGCUCUGCAUACUGUGCACACACAACUCAUCCAACACCAGUGUUUCCCUCUGAGUGGAUUUUUCCCUUUGUUUUUGGUACAGAUCAUUAAAACAAAUUGUAUAUUUUUGGAGGAAGAAAUUGUCUGUGUGUUUGUUACG